UUUUGUAAAGCAUUAUACGAUUACUCUUCCUCAGACUCUACAAUUGAACUAUCCUUUAAAAAAGACGAUUUAUUGGCCAUUCUAGAUAACACUGAUCAUAUCAAUAACAACAAUUGGCUAAAAUGCAGAUCAAAAUCUGGCCAAAUUGGCUACAUUCCCAAAAAUUAUAUCAAACUUAUCAAUCUCGAUUAA